CGCCAUCUAGCGGCUGUCUGCGGAUCUCACGCAGCAGCCGGAAGUUGCUCGUGUGCCGGUGACACGUCACGGAGGUCAAACGGGAGGAAAGAUGGCGAGCACCUACGAGAGUUUCAACUUGCGAACCACACCAGAGAAGUUCUACAUAGAGGCUCUAGAUGACGGGUCUGAGGAUGUCCUGUCUGUCGACAGGGUGUCCACCGAGACGACACUCACAGUGAGGAGGGACAUCCCUGCGGUGGCUGAGACCAGGCCCAUAUGCGGACUCAUGGGGACGAUCCGCCUGGUGGCAGGCAUGUACCUGGUUGUCAUCACAAAGAAGAAAAAGGUGGGGGACCUGCUGGGCCAUGCGGUGUGGAAGGCCGUGGACUUCGACAUCAUCUCCUACAAGAGGACGAUCCUGCACCUGACGGACAACCAGAUGCAGGACAACAAGGCUUUCCUGUCCAUGAUCAACAACGUGCUUCACACGGACGGCUUCUACUUUGCAACGGACUACGACCUGACCCACACCCUGCAGCGCUUGGCCAACACCAGCCCCGAGUUUCAGGAGAUGAGCCUCCUGGAGAGGGCAGAUCAGCGUUUUGUCUGGAACGGCCACCUGUUGAGAGAAUUCAUCACACAGCCAGAGUUACACAAGUUUGUGUUUCCUGUUGUCCACGGCUUCAUCACCAUGAAGUCGGGCUGCAUCAGCGGAAAGGUCUUUGAUUGGAUUAUUAUCUCCAGGAGGAGCUGCUUCAGAGCGGGAGUCCGCUACUAUGUCCGAGGCAUCGACUCCGAAGGCCAUCCUGCUAACUAUGUGGAAACGGAGCAGAUCGUGCAGUACAACAGCGCCAAGGCUUCGUUUGUUCAGACGAGAGGCUCCAUCCCCUUCUACUGGUCCCAGCGGCCCAACCUCAAGUACAAGCCCAAACCACAGAUCAGCAAAACAGUGAACCACUUGGACGGAUUCCAGAGACACUUUGACUCUCAGAUUAUUCUCUACGGAAGACAAGUCAUUUUGAACUUGAUCAACCAAAAGGGCUCAGAACAGCCACUGGAGCUGGCCUUCGACAAGAUGGUGACCGGCCUGGGUAACGGCAUGAUCAAGUACAUAGCCUUCGACUUCCACAAGGAGUGCAGCCGGAUGAGGUGGCACCGCCUGCAGAUCUUAGUGGACAUGGUCGCUGAGAUGCAGGACGAAUUUGGAUAUUUCCUGGUGGACGCAGACGGGAAGGUGAUGUUGACCCAGGAGGGGACGUUUCGGAGCAACUGCAUGGACUGUCUGGACCGCACCAACGUCAUCCAGAGCAUGCUGGCCCAACGCUCGCUGCAGUUACAGCUCCGGAGAAUGGGAGUCCUCCACGUGGGCCAGCAGAUUGAGGAGCAGGCAGACUUUGGCAAGAUGUUCAAGAACGCCUGGGCGGACAACGCCGACGCCUGUGCCAAGCAGUAUGCCGGUACCGGUGCCCUGAAGACCGACUUCACCAGGACAGGGAAGAGGACCCAGUGGGGGCUGCUGAUGGACGGCUGGAACUCCAUGAUCCGAUAUUACAAGAACAAUUUCUCCGACGGUUUUAGACAGGACUCCAUCGAUCUGUUCCUGGGGAACUAUGCUGUGGAUGAAGCGGAUUGGGCCAACCCGCUGCGUGACCCCAAAGAUUGGAAGUUCCUGACGUUGCCCAUCGUCAUGGUGGUGGCAUUCUCCAUGUGCAUCAUCUCCCUGCUGAUGGCUGGCGAGACGUGGACUGAGACGCUGGCCUACGUUCUGUUCUGGGGAACAGCCAGCGUGGUGACGGGCGGCCUCAUCCUCUUCAACGGACUGGACUUCGUCGACGCCCCCAAGCUGGUCCAGAAGGAGAAGCUGGACUGAAUGUGUGCGUGUGGAAAGCAGCUUGGCCCUGGCGACCUCACCGCCUCAUCCUCUGGCUCUUCGUCACUUUACCCCCAGCAUCAGCACCCGCAGGCCUGGAGCCUUUACUAACGGAUGGGGGAAGGGGUGGGGGGUGGGGGGGAGGAUGGCGGUGGGAAACGGGGGGCCGGGCCUCGUGCACGACAACGGCAGGAAAGCCGGGGACUGGGAGUGCACGGGGCCGGCUGCUGUCCACACUGCAGCUACUGUCACGUGGACAGGACUGUCUGUCCGCAGCUUUAUGGACACUGAACCUCUGGAGGUGGUUCUUACUGGAUGUGAUUGUUUCCAUGAUUUCAGAGGAAUGCGGUGGGACCAAUAUGUAAAUGUCCGUCCCACUGAAUUCCCUCUAUGGGUGUAUCGGGAUCAGGUCAUUUGCCUUUUUGUCUUUAUUAUUGCCAAUUUAUGUUCAUCCAUGCACAGUUGCUCUGGCCCAGGUUAGACAGGUUGAUGAGCCUCUCCUCCCCAAAGGCCUUCUUUGACCCACUUCAGUGACACAGCCAGUGUUUAAACGGAAGUCCUCAGUAUCUCAAAUGCCCGUUGGCGAUUUGUUGAAAUGCUGCACUUUCACUUCAUAUAGUCGUGAAAUCCGACAGGUUUGCUGUAUAUUUACUGCCAAAGUGGCGGUACGAGAUGAGAUCGCCGUGGAACUUUAGACUUCGCCACGAAAAGUUAUUUUUUUUGCACAGAAACGAGUAUUUUCACGUGCUCUCCAUCUACUUUUUUUAAUUGUUGCUCUCAUUUGAACGAGUCAUUUGAGAGCGAGAAUAAACGGAGUUAACGUUGGAACUCUUUUCCAGGGCCGAAGUGUUGCAGAGUUUCGGUGUCGAGUUACCAAACGUGUCGACUCCGUGAUGACAUUGUGGAUUCGUUAUAAUUUGCCGUAGCCUCCGGCUGUCUUUUUUAAAGCGAGGGUUGGUGAUGUUGAGAAAGUAGCAAGCGUAACAGCCCAAAGUGCCAACUCUUGUCCAACGAAGGGCCUGAAUCCAGCUAGAAGUCGGCUGUCAGACCUCCCCCAAGAAGAUCACAAUGACUGGGCUACAAACAUGGCCGACUGGUGGCGGCCUUGAGCACGUCGAAUCUUUCACACGCGCAGCAGACUUUUUCUUUCUCUUUUUUUUUUUGAUUUAUGGAUCGCUGUCGGGAUGCAAUAAUAAUUUCAACAAAUAUAACAAAUGUGUUCUCAGAAGACGACCUUCGCUUUGGUGAUAGUUGGAUGUCGGCUUCAGUUUCUAAAUAACGACUUGGUUUGUUUUUGCAUGGAUUUACUUCAGAUGUUAUGUUGUCUGUGACAUUCCUGACUAUGUUAAGCGUUAAAAAUAUUGAAUGUUCUGUUGGGCAACUGGAGAGCGUUAGUUUCCCCCUCCACUUAUCCUGAGGGAACCUCAACGUGAUGAGGAUCACACAAAUGCAUUAUUAACUUUGACUGUAAAUGUAGAUUUAUGCUUCUUGAUCAAUGGGUCUCAUGCAAGUGAUUUAUGGGAAUCUGUGGCAUUCACCAAGUUACUCGUACUUGGAAUUCUUUCUUGGGUACAGACAACAAUCACAUGAGUGGUCCAGACCUGUAGCGCGAGUCAUGAACGUAUUUUUUUUGUUUUUUUUUCAAAAUUGUUAUGCCUUAAUCUGAAUGAAUUUGCAGUUUAAAUAUGAUACUGAAAUUAGAUGAAAUAAAAAUAUUUAAGACAAAAGUCA